AUGGCUCCACUUAAGGUAAAUGAGAGGCCUGCUCAAUAUAAGCAAUCUUCAAGAAAAGGUAAGAAAGCUUGGAGAAAGAACAUUGACUUAACUGACAUUGAGAAGUCAAUAGAGACUCAAAAAGACCUAGAAAUUACUCAUGGUACAUCUGACUUAGCGUCUUUGCAAGAUACCGCAUUGUUUCAAGUUGAUGAAGAAGGUGACAUUGAUCUAAAGAAGGCACUAAUAAAAAGAAAGCAGAUCAAGAAGAACUUGAAAAGUAAGGAGAUAUUGGACUCUAUUAAGACUGCGUCUAAAAUUAAAUCUGUUAUUCACCCAAGACACCAAGAACAUCAAACCAAGGAGGGAGGAAAGGUUCAAGGUGUUUCUAAGAAGGAACUAAAGAAACUGCUAUCACUGGCUGGUAAGAUUCAAGGUGAAUCAAAGCUGAAAAAUAGAAGUGAUAAAGAUGGUCUCGUAAAAUCUGCUGCUGCUGAUCUAUGGAAUGAAGAGGAAAGUAAUAAGGUUAAACUUCCUUCCGGUAUCGAGUUCAAGAAGAAGCGGGAUGAAAUUCCAGAGGAAUUGAUUAAGUACUCAACCACCAGUUGGUCCAUAGCAGAGGUUAAACCGAAGACUUUAGAACAUAAACCGGUUAAAGUCGCAGAAUAUGAAGAUCUUCCUCAUGCGGGUAAGUCAUACAACCCAGACUCCAAGCAUUGGAACUCACUCAUAAGCAAAGAAUAUGAGUCUGAAAAGAAAAGAGAAGAUGCUAGAAAUAAAAUUCAGGAAUAUCAAGCAAAAAUUCAAAGACUCAUGGAAGUAUUAGAUGAUAAAGAGGAAGAAUCAUCAAGUGAAGAAGAUGAAGAAGACGAAGAAGACGAAACUGAGGAAACUACAGAGUCCACAGAUGUUACUUUAGGACUAUCUAUCAACCCAGUUGUUAAAAAUAAGAAGAAGACCAAAUAUCAAAAGAACAAAGCUAAAAGACAUGAAGAAAAAGUAAAAAUGCACAAAGAAAUUAAGGAAUUAAAACAACAGAUAAAAGAACUAGAAAAGAUAGAGGAAAUUGAGCAGGAAGUUGAAAAGAGACAUGAAGAGAAGGACAAAAAGGUUAAGAAGGAGAAGAAAAAUAAGAAGGGGAAGUUGGGAACUAAGUAUCAUAUCUUAAAUGAGGGUCUUGAGGUUAAGUUCAAAGAUGAAUUAUCCGACUCUUUGAGAAAGGUAAGACCAGAAGGGAGUUUGCUUUAUGACACUGUAAGAAAACUUCAAAGUAGUGGUAAAGUUGAAGCCCGUAUUCCUCGUACCAAAGGUAGGAGAUACAAGCAAAAAAUCACUGAAAAGUGGACCUAUAAGGAUUUUAAAUAG